AUGUCCAAAGUACAUGAAUAUUUCAAAAGUGCUUCCGAAGAAUGGAACAUCCAGGACUUUCUGGAGCAAUAUGAUGUAGAACCUUUUGACCAGAAAAUUGACUGUUACAUUAAGAGUCUUGAGGCGAUUGUUAAUCAUGGUGUAGGCAAGAGAAAAAAGGCACAAUUUUUGCUCAAUAGGGCAUGGGGACUUUCUAGGUCAUCCCGUUCUGCAUUCAAGCUUCUAGCUUACCUAACACUGGUCCUGUCAAGGUGCAGGCAAUUUUCUAGAUUGCUAGAGCAACUUUCUAGGGCUAUAAAAACAAUUGUCAAAUUGCUAGAAGUUGGAACAAUGAAAGAUCUCACAACAAGAUCAAAAGAAAGCAAUGAAAAAGACAAUUCUAACAAAAUAUUCAAUGAGGAGGAUGAGGCUGGGGACAAUAUAGAUUUGGAUUAUGUAUCUAAGUUGAAAUUAUUCACAAGUCAAUCAACUGGUAGCACAAAUUAUGCAGAUAAAACAAUAGGUCCAAAGUUGGCUAAUUUUACAAAAAAGCGUAAUAAAUCAUUUGAAGAAACAGAAGAGCAGAAGGAACCCAAAUGUACAUAUGUAUUGGAAUGGGAUUUAUAUGAGAAUAUGAAACAAAUAGUUAUGGAGUGGACUAUUGAUGAUACAAGCAUAAGUGAUGCAUUUUUCAGUUUCAAGAAUUUUGCUGAAUCCCAAGCAGCUAGACAUGAAUUGAAAUUCAAAGAUAAUCCUGGCGAAAUUCUAGAGGCUUUAGAAGAAGAAAUUGACAAUGCCCAUAAUGAUUUAAGAACGAAUUUGAGUCCAUCUGAUAAAAAAUCGUUGAGAACUAGUCAGAAUAUUUGGAAUCACAUUGCAGAGAAUUGGCAAACAAGUUUUGAUAGUCCUCAAACAAUAGAAGAUACCCAUGUACAUCAUGCAAUGCAUCCUUUUUUAUGCCCAUUUUCCCCCAAUGGACCAGAUAGGAUGAUUGAUUGGAAAACAAAUGACAAUGAUGAAGGACAUAAACCCGACUUCAUGAUCACAGUUAAUAAAAGAAGUGGCAAAUUUGAAGUUGUGUUUGGCCUAUUCAAAUUACCUUAUAAAAGUAGCUCUCAUUUCAUGAAUGUUGAUCUAGUGGAUCUAGGAGUGUUAAUGAAAGAUUCCACCAAAGAAGUAAUCUUUGGAGAUAUAAUAGUCAUAAGAAAUACAGAAGAUACUGAUUGGGAAUUUGCAAUAUAUUAA